AUGAUUGAUCUCACCAUCGACGAAGACGACAAUGAUCAAAUUGAAAUUGUUGAAACCGUUGCUACCAGCAAUAGUAGUAUCCCACAACAAGAACGUGCUAUUCAGCCUGAUAUGAUGAACUGGGAAUUGAAUUCCUCCGUGCUAGUCGGUUCUUACAAGACGUCAAACAUUCCAAACGCUCAUAUCGCCAGCUUUGAUCUCGACCAUACUCUCUUCCGGCCAAAGAAUGAUAGGACUCAUUUUCGUGGAAGUCAUGAAUUCAAGCUCACCUAUCAAAAUGUACCUCAACGAUUGAGGGAAAUACACAAUUCUGGACACAGGAUCAUUAUAUUCUCAAAUCAAGUCAACCUACGAAAGACUCUAUCGGACGAGAAGGCCUUCAAACAUAGAGUUGAAGCAUUCUGCAAGAUGGUUGAUAUUCCGAUUUUGGUUUUUGCUGCUACUGAGCAUGAUCUGAACCGUAAACCUGAUCCAAAUAUGUUCAAUAUCUUCAUCAAUGACUAUAAUGGUGGCGUUGAUGCUGAUCGAACAGUGUCAUUCUUUGUCGGUGACGCAUUUGGUAAAAUCUUGGAAGCUGGUGACAAGUCCGUCCCAGAGACCGAUGCUCUGUUUGCAAGAAAUGUAAAUCUAGCGUUCCUCACACCAGCUCACGUAUUUGAAUCCAAUACCGUAAUCGCUCGAUACAGAAUAAUUGUUGAUACUCCAUCUCCUACGGUUGUUGUAGACAGUAGACCAUCCUGGAGUAUUAGAAGUACCAGUAGCAGUGCCAAAAGGAAGGCAGCAGCUCAAUCUACUUCUCCACCCUCCAAAAAGGCUCGUACUAAUGAUCGAAAAGCCGAUAAUAAGCCUAAGAAAUCAAGAAUGGAACGGUCUUUGGAAACUAUGACACUACCUGUUACUGUUGGCACCUUCAUCAAACCUCUCUUUCAGGCACGAAUCGCCGAUAUAAACGAAAUGAGAGCUCCUCCCAUCGAUGUAGACGAGGAGACACGAAAGCAAUACAACUGCGAACGACUAAACAGGCUCGUACGUCACUUGUUUGACGUUGUGGCACAAUUUCGAUUGUUGCGACAGGAAGAUUGGAGAGGUUUUGCAGCUUCGUUAUGGGAACUCAUUGGAACAGAAUGUUUUAAUGAGCGAUAUAAUGGAGAAAUCGCAAAGGAAACAUGGAGGAAAGGUCAAAAUAUGGACCCCGAAGAAGAAAUCGUCAAGGUAUAUGAGAAUCUAUUGAUCUCUCGAAACCUUGUCACUGGUAAAGACGACUUGUUUGGGACUUGUCGUUUUAUGCUUGUAGGUGUCAAUGUUCAUCAUCCUGAACUGAAGAGCACUAUAUUCUCUCGUGGUGGUACUGUUGUGGAAGCAUGGGAUUCAGCAGUCAACUAUAUUUUGACCAAGGCUACAGCUUCUUACCCAGAGGUACUGGCGGCGAUAGGAGUUAAAUCUCUAUCGCGUGAUGUCGCAGUAGUCGACAAAAACUGGCUUGGAACGUGUGUCUCUGCCCGCCAACUAGUAGAUGUCGUACCAUUUCUUAAAGAUUUGGAUCCAAACAAGCGACUCUUGCCACCACCGAAGCCCAAACUUGGUAAAGCUGUACAUUCAGACACAGACACAGACCCAGGCAGUGAUGAUGCAGAUGAUGAGGACGAUAGUAAACAUUCAUCUCGUGGGAAAUCAAAGUCUUCGCCAAAACGCUCGAAAGUGGUAACCGGAAGUGAUAAAUCCGAUAAACCCAUUUCCAAUGCCUUUGCUACUCGAUCAUCCAGGCCUGGUAAUAGUAAUAGUAGUAGGCAGGACGAUCCACCACGAAAAGUCCCAGCAUUUGUCAAGAAGAGACAGGAAAAGUAUAUAAAAAAGAAGGAUAAAGCCAAACAAGCUGCUGAUCGGUUACGACAAGAAUUGACAGAUGACGAAGAUGAAGAUUACGACAGUAUCAAAAUGGGCUUUGACAACUUUGAUCCAACUCGUCGAUCAAGUUUAGAUACAGAACCGGAUAGUGAUCAUGAUGAACGUGCUCCUUCACGACCAACCACAUCAUCAAAAUCAGCAUCAGUGGUGUUGAGCAAGGAAGAACGUGAAGCUGAAAAGACUGCUAAAGCUUUACGUUUUGAAUUGGCAAGUGAUUCUUCAGAUAGUGAUGCUGGAAUGUAUCCUCAUGAUAAAGAAACGGAAGACACCGAUGAAGAAUCUGAAGUUGAAGUACCUGCAAGCAAGGAAGUUGGGAAAAAGAUUCGUUACCAGGCCUCGUUUCAAUGCAUGAAGGAUUCACCAGCAGGUGUAAGCAAGAAUGCAUGUGCCAAUGAAGCUCUGGUUCAAGAACUCGAACGCAUCUUGGCUCGAGCGAAAAUAAGUUGGGAUAAGAGUAGUCAAUUCAGGGUUUUGCAAUACCAAAAAGCUAUUAAUUCUAUCAAGAAGCAUCCCAAACAGAUAGAGACUUAUGAAGAAGCUCGAGCAAUUCCGAAUAUUGGAGACGGAAUCGGCAAGAAGAUUAAGGAGUUUAUUUCGAAAGGAACGAUUGCUAAGGCCAACUAUGUUGCAGAAGAUGAAGCUUCCAUUGCAAUCUUCACUUCAAUCACUGGAACUGGAGUUUUAACUGCUCGAAAAUGGUAUAGCCUCGGCGCCCGCACAAUAGAAGACGUCCGUCGCUUAUCCUCUACUCUCCCAAAACCAACCAUAAACCUAACCUCAGAACAAAAAAUCGGCGUCACAUACUAUGAAGAACUCAAAGAAAAAAUGCCACGCUCCGAAUGUGGGCUUAUCGGAGACACCAUCAUCAAGAUUGCAAAAGAAGCUAUUCCCAACUUAGAAUGCUACAUUACCGGAUCCUAUCGCCGUGGUCUUCCCCAGAAUGGAGACGUGGAUAUACUUGUGACGCAUCCGAGACGAAAUAUGGAUGAGAUGAUCUUGACCAAGAUUAUACCACCAUUGAAGGCAUCUGGUGUUGUGACUGAUGAGAUUGUUACGUCCAUGACGUCUGCUGGCGAGGAACAUUCAUUGUGGAGGGGUGUUGCUCAGUUGAAGGGGGGCAUGCAUCGUAGAGUUGAUAUCUUGAUUGUGGAAUACGAGGAGCUCGGUGCUGCCUUGCUUUACUUUACCGGAAACGAUGUCUUCAAUCGUUCUUUGAGGAAAUUGGCAAGAGUCAAAGGCUUACGUUUAAAUCAGUAUGGUCUUUACUCUAACGUGGUCAGAGAUGGUGCAAAGAAGCUCAAUGUUGGAACUCGUGUAGCUGGCAAGACUGAAAUUGGGAUUUUUGAAGCACUUGGAGUUCCAUUCCGUGAGCCUGAUCGCCGAAAUUGCGGCAUUUGA